GGGUGAACUUACCUUCACGGAUCAGAGUAUUUGCUGAGCGGUGGACUGAGAGAGAAAUAAACCACCCGAACAUCAUUGGCCUGGUUAGCCAGGCCGCAUUGUGCUUGCCCGAGAAGGAAGGGAGAGAGAGAAAGCCCCCAUAUGGAGUGUGGUCACGUUACAGUCUCCUUCGUGUCUCCAUCUUGUCAGGCUUUGGGGCUUGCAUACACUCGGCCCGGCAUGUCUUUCAAGCUGCUGAGGCCAAGAUUCAAACCACGGUUAGCCAUCUGGGAUCCUGCUUCCUUCACCACUAGCCUCCGAGACUGACCCCAGAUUUAUUUUGAAACAGCAGAGGGGAAACAUUUGCUGAUGUGUAGUCACGAUGAGUGGGUUAGGAGAAAACUCCUUGGAUCCCCUGGCCACUGACUCCCGAAAACGUAAAUUGCCGUGUGACACUCCAGGUCAAGGUCUCAGCUGCAGUGGUGAAAAGUGGAGACGGGAGCAGGAGAGUAAAUACAUCGAAGAACUGGCUGAACUCAUAUCUGCUAAUCUUAGUGAUAUUGACAAUUUCAACGUCAAACCGGAUAAGUGUGCGAUUUUGAAGGAAACAGUAAGACAGAUACGUCAAAUAAAAGAACAAGGAAAAGCUAUUUCCAAUGAUGAUGAUGUUCAGAAAGCUGACGUGUCUUCCACAGGGCAGGGAGUGAUCGACAAAGACUCCUUAGGACCACUUUUACUUCAGGCACUGGAUGGUUUCCUGUUUGUGGUGAAUCGAGAUGGGAACAUUGUGUUUGUGUCAGAAAAUGUUACACAAUACCUGCAGUAUAAGCAGGAAGACCUGGUUAACACAAGUGUCUACAAUAUCUUGCAUGAAGAAGACAGAAAAGAUUUUCUUAAAAAUUUACCGAAAUCAACAGUUAAUGGAGUUUCUUGGACAAACGAGACUCAGAGACAAAAAAGCCAUACGUUCAAUUGCCGUAUGUUGAUGAAAAUACCACAUGAUCUUCUGGAAGACAUGAAUAGCAGUCCCGAAAUGCGCCAGAGAUACGAAACGAUGCAGUGCUUUGCCCUGUCUCAGCCACGUGCUAUGAUGGAGGAAGGGGAAGAUUUGCAAUCCUGUAUGAUCUGUGUGGCACGUCGCAUCACUACAGGAGAAAGAGCAUUUCCAUCAAACCCCGAGAGCUUUAUCACUAGACAUGACCUUUCAGGAAAGGUUGUCAAUAUAGAUACAAAUUCACUGAGAUCGUCCAUGAGGCCUGGCUUCGAAGAUAUAAUCCGAAGGUGUAUUCAGAGAUUUUUUAGUCUUAAUGAUGGGCAGUCAUGGUCCCAGAAACGUCACUAUCAAGAAGCUUAUAUCCAUGGCCACGCUGAGACGCCGGUGUAUCGAUUCUCAUUGGCCGACGGAACCAUAGUGACCGCACAAACAAAGAGCAAACUCUUCCGACAUCCCGUAACGAAUGAUCGCCAUGGCUUUGUUUCAACCCACUUUCUUCAGAGAGAACAGAAUGGGUAUCGACCAAACCCAAAUCCUGUCGGACCAGGCGUCAGGCCCCCCGCGGCUGGAUGCAGCGGAUCAGUGGGCGGCAUGAGCGUGUCGCCAAACCCAGGCUUACCCAUGCUGAGCGGCAGGACCUAUGGCUUGGCUGACUCCAGCCCUGCAGGUCAGAUGAGCGGAGCGAGGUAUGGAGGUUCCAGUAACAUAGCCUCCAUGACUCCGGGGCCAGGCAUUCAGUCACCAUCCUCCUACCAGAACAGUAGCUACGGGCUCAACAUGAGUAGCCCCCCGCACGGGAGUCCUGGUCUUGGCUCCAACCAGCAGAGUAUCAUGAUUUCUCCUCGUAAUCGCGGGAGUCCAAAGAUGGCCUCACAUCAGUUUUCUCCUGUUACAGGGGUGCACUCUCCCAUGGGCUCGUCUGGCAAUCCCGGGAGCCACAGCUUCUCCAGCAGCUCUCUCAGUGCCCUGCAAGCCAUCAGCGAGGGCGUGGGGACUUCGCUGUUAUCUACCUUGUCUUCCCCAGGUCCUAAAUUGGAUAACUCCCCCAAUAUGAAUAUAGCCCAACCAAGUAAAAUGAGUAGUCAGGAUUCUAAGAGUCCCCUAGGCUUGUACUGCGACCAGAAUCCAGUGGAGAGUUCCAUGUGUCCGUCAAAUAGCAGAGAUCACCUCAGCGACAAGGAGAGUAAGGAGAGCGGUGCGGAAGGCCCAGAGACUCAGAGAGGGCCCUUGGAAGGCAAGGGCCAUAAAAAGCUCCUGCAGUUACUCACCUGUUCCUCUGAUGACCGAGGGCAUUCCUCCCUGACCAACUCCCCCCUGGAUUCCAGUUGUAAAGACUCAUCCAUUAGUGUCACCAGCCCCUCCGGAGUCUCCUCCUCGACAUCUGGAGGCGUGUCCUCUACGUCCAACAUGCACGGGUCCCUGCUGCAGGAGAAGCACCGGAUUUUGCACAAGUUGCUGCAGAACGGGAACUCACCGGCUGAGGUAGCCAAGAUCACCGCCGAGGCCACCGGGAAAGACACCAGCAGCACAGCUUCUUGUGGGGAGGGGAGCAUCAAGCAGGAGCAGCUGAGCCCUAAGAAGAAGGAGAACAACGCACUCCUUCGGUACCUGCUGGACAGGGACGAUCCCAGCGACACACUGGCCAAAGAGCUGCAGCCGCAGGUGGAAGGGGUGGAUGGUAAGACAGGCCAGUGCAGCAGCUCCGCCAUCCCCAGCUCCAGUCAAGAGAAGGACUCUAAAGUGAAGACAGAGACCAGCGAGGAGGGGUCUGGAGACUUAGAUAAUUUAGAUGCUAUUCUUGGUGACCUGACCAGUUCUGACUUUUACAAUCAUUCCGUAUCCACAAAUGGCAGUCACCUGGGGACCAAGCAACAGCUGUUCCAAGGAGCAAAUCCUUUGGCAGGUCUGAGGAGCCCGCAGUCUGUGCCAUCCGCUCGUCCCCCCUACAACCGAGCAGUGUCUCUAGAUAGCCCUGUUUCUGUUGGCUCUAGUCCUCCAGUGAAGAACAUGAGUGCUUUCCCCAUGUUACCAAAGCAAUCCAUGCUGGGCGGCAAUCCAAGGAUGAUGGAUAGUCAGGAAAAUUAUAGCUCAAAUAUGGGUGGACCAAACAGAAACGUGACUAUGAAUCAGACUCCUCCCUCAGGAGACUGGGGCUUACCGAACGCAAAGGCCAGCAGAAUGGAACCCAUGAGUUCGGGCCCCAUGGGGAGACCGGGAGGAGAGUAUGCUGCUGCGUUACCCAGACCCGCGAUGGGCGCCUCCGUGCCCACGCUGCCGCUUCGGUCUAACAGCAUCCCAGGGGCAAGACCAGCACUGCAGCCACAGCCGCAGCAGCAGAUGCUUCCGAUGAGGCCUGGUGAGAUUCCCAUGGGAAUGGGAGUCAAUCCCUAUGGCCAGGCAGCACCAUCCAACCAGCCAGGGUCCUGGCCAGAUGGCCUUUUGUCCAUGGAACAAGGCCCUCACGGGGCUCAAAACAGGCCCCUCCUUAGGAAUUCCUUGGAUGAUCUCCUUGGGCCACCCUCUAACUUGGAAGGGCAGAGCGAUGAAAAUGCAUUGUUGGACCAGCUGCAUACUCUCUUGAGCAACACAGAUGCUACGGGCCUGGAAGAAAUUGACAGAGCUUUGGGCAUCCCUGAACUUGUAAAUCAGGGACAAGCUUUGGAGCCCAAGCAGGAUGCUUUCCCAGGCCAAGAAGCAGCAGUAAUGAUGGAUCAGAAGGCAGCUUUGUAUGGACAGUCCUACCCGGCACAGGGGCCUCCAAUGCAAGGAGGCUUUAAUCUUCAGGGACAAUCACCAUCUUUUAAUUCUAUGAUGACUCAGAUGAACCAGCAAGGCAGUUUUCCCCUCCAAGGAAUACACCCGCGGGCCAGCGUCAUGAGACCCCGGACAAACACCCCCAAGCAGCUGAGGAUGCAGCUCCAGCAGAGGCUGCAGAGCCAGCAGUUUUUGAAUCAGAGCCGGCAGGCACUUGAGGUGAAAAUGGAGAGCCCCACGGCUGGGGGUGCGGCAGUCAUGAGGCCCAUGAUGCAGCCCCAGGUGGGCCCUCAGCAGGGCUUCCUUAACACCCAGAUGGUCGCCCAGCGCAGCAGAGAGCUGCUGAGUCACCACUUCCGGCACCAGCGGGCUGCGAUGAUGAUGCAGCAGCAGCAGCAGACCCAGGCCUUCAGCCCACCGCCUAACGUGACCGCGUCUCCCAGCAUGGAUGGGGUGUUGGCGGGACCCGCGAUGCCACCCGCUCCACCACAGCAGUUUCCAUACCCUCCAAGUUACGGAGUGGGACAGCAGCCAGAUCCAGCCUUUGGUCGAGUGUCUAGCCCUCCUAAUGCAAUGAUGUCGAGAAUGGCUCCCUCCCAGAAUUCCAUGAUGCAGCACCCUCAGACCGCACCCAUGUAUCAGUCCUCAGAAAUGAAGGGCUGGCCAUCAGGAAACUUGACCCGGAAUAGCUCCUUCUCGCAGCCGCAGUUCGCCCACCAGGGAAGCCCCGCAGCGUACAGCAUGGUGCACGUGAACGGUGGCGGUGCGCACAUGGGACCGAUGAACGUGAACUCCAUGCCCAUGUCUGGCAUGCCCAUGGGUCCCGAUCAGAAAUACUGCUGACAGCACUACACCAGGACCUCUGAGGGAGUCACUUACAGGUGACACCGCACCAGGAUUAUUGGGAGGUGGAGAGUCACCAUUCAGACAUCCAGCUUUGAAGAAUGGAUCGGCUUUGAUCUCCGUCAGGGGUAUUCCACGGGAUGUCAUUUGAGCAGGACUGGAUUUUAAGCUGAAGCGCAAUAUCUACCUGUUUCUUUUCCCCUCCUUCUGUGUAUUAAGGAGUUCAAAACAAAUAUUUUUGGCAUUCUGUCUCCUAGGGAUGUGAUUUUAGAGACAGAGAGAGCGUUACUGAUCACAGAUCUGGGCCACUUCUGCCUUGCUAGCCAAAGUCUCUCGCAUAAGUGGGUGGGCAGAGGCCACUGGCAACACCAAGAGCUGGGACGCCGGUGUCUCCCGUUGCAGGACUGGACAGAGCGUAGCCCCAGCCUCCAAGUAUUGAUGUCGCUCCCAGGUGGUUCUGUGUCGGCCCUUUGUCCGGUGGCAUUGGCAUUUCUGCGCUCCUGUCCUUUACUGAUGGCUCUGAGUUGCUCUGUCCCUGUUCUUUGUUGUCCUAGGCUGUCCUCUGAUGAAGAUUGCCAUUUGCCCUUCGUGUCCUGUAACAUGUCACCUCCAGGGGUUGUCGUUGGUGUCAGUGGCUUUGCAGAAGGGAAGAUGAGACGACAGUAUUUAAUUGUAGCAGUAGCCAAUUGUUCACACGCUAACGUGUAGCCGUGUGCACUUUAUUUAAAAAGUAAUGGAUAAAUGCAAUAUUCUUGAGGUCUUGAGGAAUGGGGAACCACAUUCCUGGUUUUUGUCUACACUAAUCUGUUAGACAAGAACUAUGUUUUUUUUCCUUCCUUUUAUUUACUGGUCUCACCCUUUGCCUAUAUGGUAGAGCAAUAAUGCUUUUUGAAAAUGAACUUCUAAAACCCCAAGGCCAGGUACUGCAUUCUGAAUCAGAAUUUUGCAGUGUUUCUGUGAAUAGAUUUUUUUUUUUUUGUAAAUAUUACCUUUAAGAUAUUGUAUUAUGUAAAAUAUGUACAUACCUUUUUUGUAGGUCACAACAACUCAUUUUUACAGAGUUUGUGAAGCUAAAUAUUUAACAUUGUUGAUUUCAGUCAGCUCGGCAUGGUGAGGCUACGGACAGAAGAGACACCCCUGCGUUUGGUGGCCUGGAGGAGGGACCGUGGUCCACGGCUUUUCCUUCCUCCCCAACCUUAGAUGCCUCGCUCUUUUCAGACUCGGUCUAAAUGCUUUUAACAUGAUCAUUCAUUUAGACGUAGGCAUUUGCCUUUUUUUUUUAAAAAAAAAAAUUCCUCUACCAGAACUAAUAAGCACUUUGUUAAUUUUGGGGGAAUAAUAGAUAUGGGGAAAUGAAACUUAAAAAGUGAUAUCAAGAAUUAAGAAAUCAAGCAAUUUGAUUUUAAAAAGAAUCUUUUGGAUUUUAAGCAGUCCAUAAAUUAAACAAUAGCCAUUCAUGUUGUUUUUUUUUUCCGGUCUGUCUUUUUAAUUAUGUUGCCUUUUCAUCCAUUUUAGGCGUGCUCUAAGAUUUUAGUUGCUGGGACCUGAAUCCCACAUUGAGGUCUCAGGAGUAGAAUCCUUGGUGUGUAGUUCUGGCGUCUGCUCAGCUGUCUCGCCUUUCUGUUCCUAGGUGUCUCACUGCAUCCCUGUGAGUGAGAACAGUGUCAUGGCUAUUUUUCAGGAGCUCAGAACCCACGGAGCCAGUCGUGCUGUGCUCAGCCACAGGCUGGCUGCCGUCCAGGCACCCUCCCACCCCUGCCCCCCACUUUCUGCUGUUGCCUCUUCUUGACACCUGUUCUCAUCUUUUGGGAGUUGGGGGGAAGCCAUGUUUAAUUCCCGUUAUCUCUGUCAUUACAUUAGGUUCCAGCAGUUGGAUGAAAUUAAUUUUGGGGGAAUAUUUAUGCAUUUCAAAGGUCUCUGCCAGCCUUAGUGUCAUUUUCUAGCAAUAACUGAGAGCCCGCUAACGUUAUUUCGCACGUGUUUAGCCAGGCUUCCUGGAUGUUUCUGAAGGUAAGAUCACUUCAUUUCUUCGACCUGCUUAUGAGUAAGUGAAACCUGCUCUUCCAGAACCGCCCCGAGAGUGGAUCUUAUCUUCCCAGCAGUGUGCAAGACGGUUAUGAGUUAGCCCCUCACCACCGUUUCCUUCCCUACCCCCCGGGUAAAAUAAAUCGGAGACAGUCAGCCCACACUUCCAUCCCAGCGGCCUCUACCUCCAGACCACGCGGUCUCCCGGGUGGAGAGAGGCACAGCUGAGUCGGUCUCUGUCAGGUGUUGGACCCUUUGAGUCGCGUUCUUGGAGAGAAACAGAAUGGUGCUCUUAACUUUCUUGACUUUUAACAAUGACUAAAAACACCAAAAAUCAGAAAGUCUUGUGAUGCGUUCCGCAGUCCUGACUCUGGGCUCCCUGGAAGGCAGCAGCAUCCCUUUUUUGUAUGGGGAACGAAUGACGUUUAUGAUAAGUCUUUCUAUUUUCUACUUAUUUCAUCGGUGCACACUCAAGAUCCCGGUUUUCUCUAGUAGGUUCAGUCUUGGAGCUGAUUUGUUAUCUGUCUCGAUCACCCUUUUAUCUUUUUGGGUAACUCUUUGUACUCCUGCCGCCUACCUCUCCUCACACCCCCUUUUUUAACCCUUGGUGUCUGUUGGGUGAGCAGUGUAAGUGAUCUUCUCAUCUGCUUUUAGACUGUGAGAUAUUUCCAGUACCUACACUUUUGCUGAAUCCAAAGAUAUAUAAAUAAAAAAAAUAUAUUUUAUAAAGAUCAAAAUGAUAUAAAGGGGAUUCGUGUUUCUUCCUUUAAAAAUAAAAUAGAGGUUACAUUGUUAAUGUCCAUGUUAAGAUGCCACUUUGUAAACUGUGCAUCUGGACUGAGAGGUGUAAAUAUCCGUAAACAAUCCACUGAGCUUAUCGGUAUUUAAUAAUGAGGUGAGUUAGGGGAAUAUGAGGGUGGGGCGUUACGGAAGAUAACUGGCCUGAUCCGGAAGUCGUCUGAUCCACAGGGGAAGAACAGCUGGGAUGUGCAGAUGGGAUCCAGUUACCCAGAAGCCCGUCCAGUUCCCUUUUGUUUGCAAACCAUGAGUUUUGUUUUCAAGUAGGAAAUUCACAGGAGCCAAAUCUCUAGAAUAGAUGAAAAUUUACCCCUGCUGCCAAGGAUAAUGAGUUGUGUUCAACUCCAAGGCAGAUUAUUAAAUAACGAGCAGGGUUUCCUCUUCCUGUCUUUCUAGUAUAUGGAGUUUUGAAAAUGGAAAUGUCAUUCUGAGAGCAAUAUGAAAUUCUCAGGAACUGAGUUAGGGUAUUGAGAAUGAAUUCAAUUCCACCAAGUUUAAGUGUCACUUAAAAAAAUGAAACUCAUUCUUCACACUGCAAAGAUGGAAACCCCGAGGGGUGACUUAUGGACGGGGAGGGUGAGCUGUGACUGCUUUGCUGAUGUUGGGAUGUCGUUGUAAAUAAAGGUUUCUAUUUAAACCUGGA